CCACAGCACCAACAGCUCCUUCCCAGUGAACCAGGCCACUGUAACUCCACCUGCAGCCAUACUGCCCCAGAUGGGACCUGAACCAAUACCUACCCCGGACGUUGUGACCUAUCCACCUUUAUUUGAUCCCCAGCCCUCCAGGCAUAAUACCUCGCCUCCCUACACUCCGAGCGCUUAUGCUCCAACUUCACCAGUUAGAAAUAACCCGGAUUUCUUCAAAGAAAGCUUCCCUGAGGACCCCUCAACCUGGUCCGUGGAUGAAGUGAUCAUGUUUCUGCAAGAUGUAGAUCCUCAGACACUUGAUCCCCUGGUUGACCUCUUCAGGGACCAUGGCAUUGAUGGGAAAGCUCUGCUACUGCUCAGGAGUGACAUGAUGAUAAAGUUCAUGGGGCUUAAGGUGGGGACAGCCUUGAAGUUGUGCCACUACAUCGACAGGCUUAAAGGAAGAAGAUAUAUCUCCAAUUUAUAAACCACGUGUAGGUUAGACUGGACUUAAUUCUGGGGAGACCGAUACCAUCUCUGCUCUGCCCUUAGAAGUUUUUGUUGUGUAGAAGGUUCCUUUAAGAUAUGGUGUAUCCAAAAUAGCAGAACCUGGGAUAGUCCAGUCUACUUCUUUAGAAGAAGCCAUUUAAUGUGUUAGUGCUAGCAUAGUCAAACGGUUGUUUGUUCUUUUCAUUAUUUUCAUUGUAUAGUUUACAGAUAUACGUCAUACAGGAAACAGAAACACCGUUUGAUUUUGGUUAAUGUUUAUAUGUAAAACCAAAGCAGCCAAAUCCCAAAGGGCAAAAUAGCAGGCAGUGACAAGCUUUCUAAAGAAAUCCAUGUGACGUUUUCCUUAGAAGAAAAUUUAAAGUUGCAACUAUAGGUAUCCUGUUUUUCUCAAAUAUUUUAUGUCUAUUACUGCAAUGUUCUGUUUAUGUUCUACCAGUUUCCCAAAAGGGAAUAGCCACAUAAAUUAUUUUCCUGUUAUUUUUUCACUGUAUGUCUUAUCUGUCCCUAUUUGAAGGAAAAAAGCAGCCUUUUAAGAUUUCAUGAGGCAUUGUUGCUGCUGCUGCUGCUGCUGCUGCUGCUAAGUCAUUUCAGUCAUGUCCGACUCUGUGUAUUCUUACCAGUUUUUUUAAAAAAUUAUCACAUAGAUAAUCAUUUCAUUCAAGAGAUAUUACACUACAAGGGUGGUUUGGAUUGAGUCUGACUAUAUUCUUUUCAACUAAAUACAUGUUACUUUACAACUUCCAUAUUUUGUCUAAACUUGGACAUUUAACUAGGCAUUCAUUGCUCCCAUUUCUCCAUGAAGAUGCCUAUGUCUGAGUUUUUUAAAGAUGUGUUUUAUUGUCUCUUCAUUCCUCACAUGGAUACUGUUUUGUGUUUAUAUUUUAUUCUGUAUCUGAAGUAUACACACAAUUAAAUUCUUAAUUUAAAAAGGCACUUUAUACUCCCACUGAGCUAAAGACCAUCUCUAUAUAUAGUGAGUUUUUUAAUUCCUUAAAACACAAAUUGUUUGUGUUUAAAACAUAGAAAUUGUUUGGUCUCACUGGUACCUCUCAGCUCACACUUCAGGGUUUCCUUACAGGGAAGUUCUAUCUUGUGCAAUGUUUCUAGUUAAUUUCCUUUCUAAGCCAUUUAUCUUACUACACUUUGGACAAAUACAUUAAUUCUGAUUUGAACUUUACUUUAAAAAUUAGAACCUUCAGGUGAAACGUUCAUUGUUAUUUUAUUUAUUACAUCAUUAUGUUGUAUAAUAUUCAGUGUAAUGUUAAUAAGCUAUGAGAAAUGGUGCUGAUUUUACUAGCCAUUUGUUAUAAAUGCCAAUAAGAUGUUCACCAGGGGUAAGAAUAUACAUUAUCUUUUUAGAAAAUGAAGUGUAUCUUAUAAGCAAAUGUAACCAUUUACUGGGCAUAUAUGAUUUACAGGACAUUUUCAUCUAUGUUAGUCCUUUUGUGUUAGAAGAUUCAGAUUUCAACUUGGUCUUCUUUCAAACUGUUUAUGUGAAGAUGCUGUGCCCACUUGAACAGUCCUCAGGUGUUUGUAUAAGCACUGUGUUUUACAGUUUUUACAUUUUAAAUAUAAUAAAGUUUAAUAAUUACA